AGGAAAGGAUUUGAAAGAAUACAUGGACUGUAAUUAAAUGUGUCGUUUCAUUCUAACUCCCUGGCUUCAUUCCUUCCUUUCCUUCCUUUCCUACUUUGUGUACAGUUCUCCCAGCAGCCUUGAGGGAGUCACAAGGUCCAGACGUCUGUGUGAUCCACUUUUUUUCCCUCUGAGGACCAGGGCGUACCUCCCUCUCCUCCUCCACAUUCUUCCCCUCCUUAAUAUUACUCCGGCAGCUCUCUCCUCUCUCCUCCGUGUCUCCUCUUUUAUCCCCCUCUUUUCUCCUCUCUCUUACGGUGGAUUCAUGCUCAGCUGCCGCCCUCCACGCUCGCCAUGCAGAACAACCAUCACCACAAGGAACAUCUCUAUAAGAUCCUCGUCAUAGGUGACCUCGGGGUCGGGAAGACCAGCAUCAUCAAGCGCUAUGUCCACCACAACUUCAGCCCCAACUACAGAGCCACCAUCGGGGUGGACUUCGCCCUCAAGGUCCUCAACUGGGACCAGGAGACCGUGCGCCUCCAGCUGUGGGACAUCGCAGGUCAGGAGAGGUUCGGCAACAUGACCCGCGUGUACUACCGGGAGGCCAUGGGCGCCGUCUUGGCCGUCACGGGGCCCGCCUCUUUCGAGGCUGUGACCAAAUGGAAGGAGGACUUGGAUUCCAAACUGACACUUGCCAAUGGGAAACACAUAGCCACCGUGCUUUUGGCGAACAAAUGUGACCAAGGUCGGGACGUGCUCACGAAUAACGGAAUUAAGAUGGAGCAGUUCUGCCAGGAGAACGGCUUCGUGGGAUGGUUCGAGACAUCGGCAAAGGAAAACAUCAACAUUGAUGAAGCAGCCAACUGCUUAGUCAAACACAUCAUUGCCAGUGAGAAGGACAUGCUUCAGUCGGAGGUCCCCGACACCGUCACCCCCCAGUUGGAGAAGGACAAAGGUGGAACAUGCUCUAGCUGCUUCAGGGCCCAGUAACAGCUUUGAUGUCCUCUCUGUAUCUUGUACAUAAGAUGGAGUUUUUCUGUAUGUGGAGAGACAGAGGCUGAAGAAAGUCUCUCUCUCUCUCUCUCUCUCUCUCUGUUCGUCUCUGUGUUCAGGUGUGUGUGGGUGUGUGGGAGAGUGACAGAGAGGCAGCUGGCUCAAGAAAUUGAUGAAUUGGUUCAGCGAAAAAAAAAAAAAGACAAAAAAAAAAGGAGUUGGAUGCAGCUGCGUGUGCUUGUGAAAGACAAGGUCGCACUCUGGUCGAUUUCAAAAACUUGACACUUGCCGUUCUGGUUGCCGUGGAGACACAUGUACCAGUAGUGAGGUUCUGAAGCAGAGGGAGACAGUAUAUCUAUAG